AUGGAGCAGGUCCAACAGCAAGUUGCUCCUUCAACUAACGAGCACUGCGAAAUCAAGCAACAACAGCCGCUCGCGUUUACGGUAUUCAUGAAUAAUGCAUUUCCAAUAUCCCAAGCAUACAAUAAAUUUCGUGAAACAAACUACCCAAACUUCGCACACUACAUUACUUCCAAGUUUGAUCAAAGCGUCUGUCUUGAUACUUCCGCCUACAGCGUGUGCCUUGUAUUCCAAAGCCGGGCAGACGUGGAAGCCUCACAGCUAAACAAAGGCCGACACGCAUACGUACACGCUCUUAGAGCACUCCAACAUGCUUUAAAUUCGGAUCAAAUUUCGAAUAAGCCCGAAAUGAUUGGCACUAGUAUCCUGCUCUCCAUCUAUGAGAUGCGUGUGCCGUCCGAGCCACACAAUGAAUGGUCGAACCAUUGCCUCGGCGUUGCGGCCCUAAUGAAGGAGAUGGGAGCACAGAGCUUUGCCCAUGGGUUUGCACGCUCUUGCUAUAUUUUCUUUCGCGGGUUCCUGAUUGCCGUCGCUUUUCACCAACAACAGCCGUGUUUUCUCGAGGAAGACCAGUGGCAGCAACUAGCAGAGAGGAUUAGGGUCGAGGACUCACAGAAGCUUGGGAUAAGUAGCAUAUUUGUGGAUGUCACGGAGCGCAUCUUCAUGGAGCUCGUUAAGUGCCCGAGAUACGUAUAUGAAGCACAAGUACACCAGUGCAUCCAAAAUUACCAACGAGCACUGGUAUUGUCUUCCCAAAUUCUCGGUGCACAGAACAACCUGAGGUCUCUUGUAACUCAACUGAAGGAUCUCAUCAGCACCUACCAGCCGGGGGUCAUUCCAAGCGCACCAGGAUAUCUCCUAAAGGGGGCAGAGGAUGCUGUUCAUUUCUUGGGUACUCUAGCCCGAAGACUUAUAAUGAACCCCAUUCCGCCCUUACAUGUUUAUUCCGGGCUGACGUGGCUUAUUGAUAACGUAUAUAUUGCGUACGACGCUCGUUGGCUGGACGAAUUCGCUUGUUCAAUGGGAUUUUUGGGUACUACACUAGUUGAUUGA